CGCUGCUCUACGUUUUUCAAAACACAGUCCAACAACAACGACGCACAAAAAUUUUGCAUUUUGCUGGUUCGUUCUUCGCGAGCCAUUUUCCCCACAUUCAAACCCGUUUCUCUCGGCGCCCCGCCCCUUUCCUUUGUUGUUGGACAUUACCAUGGAAAUGGAAGAUUCAAUUUAGCUAUAUAUUUCCCAUUUCUCCCUUUUCUUCUCUUCCUUUUCUUCUUCUUUCAAUUUCUUUCAUUGGUCUUCCAUCUCUUGCUUCCUAUAUACGCUCUCUUUCACUUGGAUCUCUGAUUUGUUUCCGGUCUUCCUUUUGGAUCUCCAUCUUUUUCACAACCCAACUCUCCAAUUUCGUAUUGGUUUGUUCUGACAAUGGAUAAUGGUGACAUUGAGAGCGGGGAAGAGGAAUUUCAUGGGCAGAGAGGUAGGAAGUAUCGCCCUGUCGAAGCCCAUGAUCGUGCUGUUCUUGAAAUGUCUUCCAUGGAUCCGGGUUCCUCUUCUUCCUCCUCCUCCAUUCCCCCCAUGAGUCAUCCUUCUCUCAAGAAGGUAAAAGUGGGUUCUCAGACUGGCACUGAAAAAGAAGGGAACUCUCCUACUCGUAUUGAAGUCAAUGGCCCCCAGCGAGAAUCCAAACUGGAGUUUUUUGGUUUUGAUUCUCUUGUCAAUAUUCUUGGCCUUAAGAGUAUGAUGGGGGAACAAAUUCAAGCACCUUCUAGUCCUCGUGAUGGUGAGAAUGUUUCUAUCACUCAGGGGUUGCCAAAGACCAAUGAAGUUAAAUCAGGUACAUUGAUGGGUGUAUUUAUCCCAUGCUUACAGAACAUAUUGGGAAUCAUUUACUAUAUUCGAUUUUCAUGGAUUGUUGGCAUGGCUGGCAUUGGUGAGUCAUUAGUGCUGGUGGCGUUUUGUGGUUUAUGUACGUUCUUGACUUCGAUUUCACUAAGUGCUAUUGCAACUAAUGGUGCUAUGAAGGGUGGGGGACCAUAUUAUCUGAUAGGUCGUGCCCUUGGUCCAGAGGUCGGAGUUAGCAUUGGGCUAUGUUUCUUUCUCGGAAAUGCAGUUGCUGGUGCUCUUUAUGUGUUGGGAGCUGUAGAAACAUUUUUGAAUGCUGUACCAGCUGCAGGGAUAUUCAGAGAGACUGUAACAAAAGUUAAUGGAACAACUGUUGAGCCAAUACAAAGUCCAAGUUCACACGACUUGCAAGUUUAUGGCAUUAUCGUGACGAUUCUUCUAUGCUUCAUUGUGUUCGGUGGUGUGAAAAUGAUUAAUAGGGUUGCUCCUGCUUUCCUUAUUCCAGUCUUGUUCUCAGUACUUUGCAUAUUUCUUGGAAUUUUUCUGGCAAGGAAAAACGACCCUGCAGAGGGCAUCACAGGCUUGAGUUUGGAAUCUUUUAAAGAAAAUUGGAGUUCUGAUUAUCAGAUGACGAACAGUGCUGGAAUUCCCGAUCCUUUUGGAAAAGUAUAUUGGAAUUUCAAUGCAUUGGUUGGUCUUUUUUUCCCUGCUGUGACGGGAAUAAUGGCUGGUUCUAAUAGAUCAGCCUCAUUGAAGGAUACUCAGCGUUCAAUUCCUAUUGGAACAUUGGCUGCAACUCUAACAACAACUGCAUUGUAUCUGGUCUCUGUUUUGCUGUUUGGAGCACUGGCAACCAGAGAUAAAUUGUUGACAGAUAGGCUUCUUACUGCUACGGUUGCUUGGCCUUUCCCAGCAAUUAUUUAUGUUGGAAUUAUUUUAUCAACCCUUGGAGCUGCCCUUCAGAGCCUGACAGGAGCCCCUCGCUUACUAGCAGCCAUAGCCAAUGAUGAUAUAUUGCCUAUUCUAAACUAUUUUAAAGUAGCAGAUGGCAGUGAGCCAUACUUUGCAACCCUCUUUACUGCAUUCCUCUGCAUCGGAUGUGUCAUAAUUGGGAAUCUUGAUCUUAUCACACCAACUGUAACCAUGUUUUUCCUACUGUGUUAUGCUGGUGUGAACUUAUCCUGCUUCCUUUUGGAUCUACUGGAUGCUCCCAGUUGGCGUCCACGGUGGAGAUUCCAUCACUGGAGCCUCUCUCUUCUUGGUGCAUCACUUUGUGUAGUGAUAAUGUUCUUGAUCUCGUGGUCGUUCACUAUAGUGUCUCUAGCCCUUGCAAGCCUUAUAUAUUAUUAUGUGUGCCUAAGAGGUAAGGCUGGGGACUGGGGUGAUGGUUUCAAGAGUGCAUAUUUCCAACUUGCUCUCCGCAGUCUUCGUUCGCUUGGAGCGAGCCAAGUCCACCCAAAGAAUUGGUAUCCCAUUCCUUUGAUAUUUUGCCGGCCAUGGGGAAAGCUGCCGGAAAACGUACCGUGUCACCCUAAACUUGCAGACUUUGCAAACUGCAUGAAGAAAAAAGGCCGUGGAAUGUCCAUAUUUGUCUCCAUACUAGAUGGAGAUUACCAUGAACGGGUUGAAGAUGCAAAAGCUGCCUGCAAGCAGCUUGCUACAUAUAUCGAUUACAAACGUUGUGAAGGUGUGGCAGAGAUUGUUGUGGCUCCCACAAUGUCUGAAGGUUUCCGAGGGAUUGUUCAGACGAUGGGUCUUGGAAAUCUCAAGCCGAAUAUUGUGGUUAUGCGAUACCCAGAAAUAUGGCGUCGUGAAAAUCUAAUAGAAAUUCCAGCUACCUUUGUUGGAAUAAUCAAUGACUGCAUUGAUGCUAACAAGGCAGUUGUCAUUGUUAAGGGUCUGGAUGAAUGGCCUAAUGAAUUUCAAAGGCAAUAUGGAACUAUAGACUUGUACUGGAUUGUGAGAGAUGGUGGUCUUAUGCUUCUCCUCUCUCAGCUUCUCCUUACAAAGGAGAGCUUUGAAAGCUGUAAGAUUCAGGUGUUCUGCAUUGCGGAGGAGGAUUCUGAUGCGGAGGGCCUCAAAGCUGAUGUCAAAAAGUUUUUGUAUGAUCUUCGGAUGCAAGCUGAGGUGAUCGUUAUAACGAUAAAAUCAUGGGACACACAAGUUGAGGGCACGCAACAAGACGAAUCAAUGGAAGCCUUCACCGCCGCACAAGGGAGGAUUGCUAGUUAUUUAAGUGAAAUGAAGACAACAGCAGAGAGCAGAGGAACCACACUCAUGGCUGAUGGGAAGCCAGUGAGUGUGAAUGAGCAGCAGGUUGAGAAGUUUCUAAAUACAACUCUUAAGUUGAACUCAACAAUUCUGAGAUACUCAAGGAUGGCUGCGGUCGUGCUCGUCAGUCUCCCACCACCUCCUGUCAACCAUCCUGCUUACUUCUAUAUGGAGUACUUGGAUUUGUUGGUCGAGAAUGUGCCUAGGCUCUUGAUUGUAAGAGGAUACCGUCGAGACGUUGUAACUUUGUUCACCUAGAUUUCAGUUUCUUGCUUCCUUCAGUGGUAAUUCCUUGAUUACUGUUCAUAUUGACAUUCCAUUUUUUUUUUCCUUCUUCAAAGUCUUGUAGCAUUUUAGAUUACAAUCAUUCUUUGACUAUCCAUCACUAGGUCCUCUUUUUUUCUGUUUUGUAUUACCAUAACAGUCUCAGAAAUUUUGAUAUUAAAUAGGCCAUUAUUGGGGUGCAAUUCAACUUUGAUUAGACUUUUAUGGUAUUAGACAUUAGCCAUUGAAUUUGUA